CAAUUUGUGGGGUCAGUACGUAACGUAGUCCUAAUUCAAAUCAAAUCAGAGACUAAUAAUCACAGAAGGGUCAUCCGAUAAUAGCGGGAUAAACUCUUUUUUAGCUAUUAAUCAAUAUAAACAUUUUAAAUAUGCUUAAGACAUGAAUGAUGAAUGACUGUAUGUAUAUGCAUGUAAUGUAUAAUAAUAUUAUGAAGAAUUAUUAGCUGCUGCGCACAGAACCAGCCGUUCCCGCCACGUGGUUUUGUGCAUGGUCUAAGUUGCAGAGGAAGGAAGUAUGGACCUUUUGGGGCUCUUCGUGACAGCAUCUAUACCAGUCUUGAAAGUUCUAUUGCUUACCGGACUUGGUUCCUAUCUUGCUUUAGAUAAAGUUAAUAUUUUGGGGAAAGAUGCCAUCAAAUAUUUAAACACAAUUGUUUUUUAUGUAUUCAGUCCUGCGCUUGUGGGAUCCAGCCUCGCAAAUACCAUAACAUAUGAUAGCAUGAUAAAGUUGUGGUUUAUGCCUGUAAAUAUUCUCAUUACAUUUAUUAUUGGUUCAUUACUUGGAUGGGUUGUGAUCCACUUCACAAGACCACCUCAACACUUGAGAGGCCUCAUUUUGGGUUGCUGUGCUGCAGGAAAUUUGGGGAACUUACCCCUCAUUAUAAUCCCAGCACUAUGUAAAGAAAAAGGAAGCCCCUUUGGAGACUCUGAUGUCUGCUAUACUUAUGGGAUGGCUUAUGUUUCCCUUUCAAUGGCUAUUGGAGCAGUAUAUUUGUGGUCAUAUGUGUAUAACAUCGUCCGUGUAUCUUCAAUGAGUAUAAACGACAUCAAGUCUUCUAGUGGUUCAUUAGAAGAACCACUACUACUUCCUUCCCCAGAGGAUGUUGCAGGUGAAGAAGAAGUACUGCCAAAGACCGUACAUGAUGAUGAAUCUUCAACUGCUAAGGUGGGGAAUUCAGAAAGUUCAGGGAUAAAACAACGUUUGGUUAAACUGUUUAGAGGGUUAAAUCUCAAGGCAUUGUUGGCCCCUUCAACUAUUGGAGCGAUUAUUGGAUACAUAAUUGGAGUGGUUCCUUUAUUCAGAAAAUCUUUGAUAGGAAGUGGUGCUCCACUUAGAGUGAUCCAAGACUCUGCUGUAUUGUUGGGGGAUGGGGCCAUUCCAGCACUCACACUUAUAAUUGGAGGAAAUCUUCUUAGAGGUCUAAGAGAAGAGGGAAUCCAGAAAUCUCUAGUUGUUGGCAUUGUAGUAGCUCGUUAUAUAGCGCUCCCUUUGACAGGCAUAUUAGUCGUUAAGGGGGCAGUUCAUUUCGGUCUGGUGCAGCCGGAACCAUUGUACCAGUUUGUUCUUCUUCUCCAAUUUGUAGUACCACCUGCUAUGAACAUAGGAACCAUUACCCAGCUGUUUGGAGCCGGAGAGAAAGAAUGCUCUGUUAUCUUGUUUUGGACAUAUGCCUUAGCAUCAAUUUCACUUACUAUUUGGUGCACGUAUUUCAUGUGGCUUGUUGUGACAUGAUGAUAAUUGAGACCAUAUUGAGUCCGUCCAAGCCACUUUUGGACACAGCAAGAGUCAUGCCGUGUUACAAUUUAUUUUAUUAUUUAUGUAAAAACAAAUUAAGGAUUUAUUUAAUCUUGGCAGCUCUUACAGGCUCAUUAGGGGUACAUGAAUUGAAUUUGUUGAUAGUUAAGUCAGUGUUUAAAAUAUCUAGCCUUAUGUCCUUGUUCUAUGCUUGUGAAUUUACUUGCAAGAAUCUCAUUUUAUAGUAAAAUGGAAAUGAGUCCCACAACUUGAGGGAAAUAAAA